AUGAAGGAAGAUUCGGAAUAUUGGGUUGCUGAAAGCAUCAAAGAUGUUAAUUUUGAUCAGAAAUAUACAAUGGGUUCAGAACUUGGCAGAGGUGCCAGUGCAGUUGUCUACUGUUGUACACACAAAGAGACCCAGAAAAAUUGGGCAGUGAAAAAAAUUGUUAAAAGACCUCAAAGUCGUGUGUUCACAACUGAAAUUAAGUUACUACUUGGCCUCCAACAUGAAAAUGUGGUUCGUAUGAAAGAAGUCUUUGAAACGAAGGCCAACAUACAUAUGAUUCUUGAAUUUGCAGCUGGAGGUGAACUUUUUGACAGGAUUGUUGAGAGAGGCUCUUACUCUGAGAGAGAUGCUGCUGCUGCUUUUCGCCAGAUAAUUCAGGGACUGAAGUACCUUCAUGAAAACAAUGUCAUUCAUAGAGAUUUAAAGCCUGAAAACUUACUCUAUUUAACAAAAGAUGAAGAGUCCAUUCUUAAAAUUGCUGACUUUGGUCUGUCAAAAAUGAUCACACCAAAUAUAAUGAAGAUGUCAAUUUGUGGAACUCCAAGUUACAGUGCACCUGAGCUUUUAGAAGGAAAGAUGUAUGAUUAUUCAGCAGAUAUGUGGAGCUCUGGGGUGAUAUUGUUUAUUCUCAUUGGAGGAUAUGAACCAUUUUAUGCUCCGACUGAUGAGAAAAUUUUUGCUAGGAUCCUUCGCAAUCAGUGGAAAUUUGACUCUCCAUUUUGGGAUAACAUCAGUAGUAAUUGCAAAGACUUGGUGUCAGCACUGCUUGUGAGAGAUCCAGCAAAACGAAUGUCAGCCCCUGAAGUACUUAAGCAACAUUGGGUCAUGGGAAUAGCUGCUAAAGAAGAGCAAAUUGUUGGAGCAACAGAAAGAUUGAAGAGUUUUAAUGCAAGACGCAAACUGAAGGGAGCAGCCAAUGCUGUUUUGAUGGCCACAAGUGUGAUGAAAGUUUCAUCCAAAGCAGAAGACUGA